AUGCAGGGGGCCGAGGUGGGCAGGCAGCGCCUGGUGAGGUUCCACCACUGCCAGCAGGACAUCUACUGCUUCGAGAUGCCCCCGAAGUGCCCCUUCUGCGGGCAGGGCCUGGGCGCCCGGAGGCUGGAGGAGGCGGCGCUGGGCAUCCACAGCCCCUUCGUGGACGGCCACCAGGAGAAGUGCUCCUUCCUCCUCAAGCCGACCCAAGGGACCUUCCUCAGGGACUACGACGGGCACUCCGACCUCCACGUGGGCAUCAGCAGCACACACGGGACCGUGUACAGCUACUCAGCGCUUGGUGUGCAGCGGGACGGCGAGGGCUGGGAGCAGAGUGUGAGUGUCCCGCUGCUGCCGCCCCACGCGUGGGCACUGCUGGACCAGUGGGACAAGUACCUGGAGGACUUCUGCGCCUCGGCCACCUGGCUGCCUCACAGGUACGAGGAAGACCUGCACAACUGCUACACCUUCGCCCUGGCCUUCAUCAACGCAGUCCUGGGUGCCGAGGGCGCGGGGCCGCUGGGCAAGCACGAGUUCACCGAGAGGUUCGUGCUCCCGCGGACCAGGACGGCGUCCAAGUACAUCACCCUGUACCGCGCCGUGGAGGCCCACGGCUUCCACGCCACGGUGCCAGGCCCGGCUGAGAGCUGAACUGCAGGGAGCGUGGGCGGCAGGGGGCGCCCUCCCGCAGGGUCCCGGGUGUGCUGAGCUGCAGGACUAUGGCCAGCAGGGGGCGCCCUCCCCCGGGCCCCCACUGUGGGCUGAGCCCACGGCCCCAGGUACUCGGCCUCCCAGGGUGCGGCAGGAGGCUGAAGCAAGAGCCCAGGAGGGGAAUAAGACUCGCCCGACUGCAACCCCGCCAGGGCACUCUCUGGGGCUCGGAACUGGACCCCUGUCCGCCCAGGCGCCGGCAGGUGGCAAACCCAGAGCCAAGAAAACGCUUCAUGCCCGGGAGGAGUCCAGAAGGGGGGGGGGUUGCCCGGUGAGGGGUGUGAGACAUGCGCAGGUGAUGACCUUCUUACCGGGUUGGCUUACACGUGUGAGUCCCGUCCACGGAGCCAGUGCCUGGAAGCAACCCGAGGCCGAGGACGGAGAGUGGACCAAGAAACCGGGGUGCAGCUCCCCGUGGAAUACUGUGUGGCCCCGGGAAAAGUGAAGUCAUGAAAUCUGAUCAUAGA